AACUGGUUGGACCUGUCCAAAGAGGUCAAGAAACAGAUGAGAACAUCUUCUUGGCAAUUAAAUUUUGCUGUAAAGUUCUAUCCACCGGACCCCUCCCAGUUAAUGGAAGACAUUACAAGGUACUACCUGUGUUUGCAGCUGCGAAAUGACAUCCUCUCUGGCCGUCUGCCCUGUUCCUUUGUCACACAUGCUUUGCUGGGUUCCUACACCGUGCAGGCAGAACUGGGAGACUUUGACCAAGAUGACCAUGGCUCAGACUACGUUAGUGAAUUCCACUUUGCCCCCAAUCAAACUCGUGAACUGGAGGAGAGGGUUAUGGAACUACAUAGAACUUACAGGGGAAUGACACCUGCUGAGGCGGAAAUUAAUUUCUUGGAAAAUGCAAAGAAACUCUCCAUGUACGGUGUUGACCUGCAUCAUGCUAAGGAUUCAGAAGGGAUUGACAUAAUGCUGGGUGUGUGUGCCAAUGGUCUAUUGGUUUACCGUGACAGGCUGAGAAUCAAUCGAUUUGCCUGGCCAAAGAUCCUCAAGAUCUCCUACAAAAGGAGUAAUUUCUACAUCAAGAUCCGCCCUGGAGAGUAUGAGCAAUUUGAGAGCACCAUUGGCUUCAAGCUUUCUAAUCACAGAGCCGCCAAGAGGCUAUGGAAGGUCUGCAUUGAACACCACACCUUUUUCAGGCUAGUGUCUCCUGAGCCACCACCAAAGGGCUUUCUGGUGAUGGGUUCAAAGUUCAGAUACAGUGGAAGGACCCAGGCCCAGACACGGCAGGCCAGCACUCUCAUCGAUCGGCCCGCUCCCCACAUUGAACGGUCCACUAGCAAGAGAUACCUUCUUUCUCGCAGUCUAGAUGGAGAAUUUUGUCAACCGGUAUCCACACUGGGUGAAAUUCAUGAUGGUUUGUCUCAGAAGAGUGAGAGUGAGCAGCCGCAGUUUCUUUCUGGAGAUGAAGCUGAUGCAGAUGUAAGUCUGGAUCAAGACCAGGAACAAGUUCAAGAGUAUAUCAACAGUGAAGAUGCUGUUUCGACACCUACAAUAAAAAAGGACAUUAAGGAAUCAACACCUCUACAUAAGCAGGAGUUUCUCGACAAAUCAGAGGAUGUUCUCUUGAAGCACCAAGCCAGCAUCAAUGAGCUGAAGCGUGCCCUCAGGGAGCCCAACAGCAAACUGAUGAACCGGGAAAAACGUCUGUCAGGGACAUCCCCAGACGGCAUUCCAGAGAAGAAGGCUGAGCCUCUGUCCACUGCUUCUACUCUUGAAGACCCACAAUAUGAUGUUAAGCAGCAAUCUCACUCUGCACUGGAAGACAACUAUAAUUGUGAGUUUGCUGGCUUAAAGGACACCUACCUGGCCAUCGAGAGGAAAUGUUCAAGUAUGACUGUCAGUUUCACUUCAAGCCUGGAAGCUGAGGUGGAUUUCACUGUCAUUAUGGACUUACACAGUAAUGUGGAGGAAUUUUCUAGAGGCAUGACUGAGCUUGUUGAGAAGGACAAAUUAGAGCUGAGCAGGGAGAAAGUUGGCAACACUCCCGGGUCUCACUCCACCUGUCACAUGAAUUUGCAAGAUGUAUCACCUGGAAGAAAACAUCUCCUUGAAGGUCAUGGUCACCAAGAUAUAGAACCUCCCCCGGUUGCCAAGAAAGACCCCAGUGCAGUGAAUGCAGCCCAGAUGUUGAAAAAAGGAGCAGUUAAAAUGGAACUCCAUUCUAAUGGCUCUGAGGCACCUGUCAAAGACAUCUGUUAUCAUAAACUGGAAGAGAGCAGAGUUAAGGACGCAAAAGAGAAUGAGUCCCCUGUACGGUCAAACAGUGUAGAAAGACAAUUUGUUGCUUCUCCUAUCACCGUCACUACGGAAAGCAUUACCUCAGCAACCACGACUCAAGUGUCCAAGACAGUAAAAGGAGGUUAUGCAGAGACCAGGAUUGAGAAAAGAAUCAUCAUAACAGGAGAUGAUGAUGUCGAUCAACAUCAGGCCCUCGCCAUGGCAAUACAGGAGGCCAAACAACAGCACCCUGAUAUGCUGGUGACUAAGGCCAUAGUGGUCAGGGAAACAGACUCUUCAUAUGAAUAGAAACAUCGAACAUAUGAGUCUUGAUCAAUAAAAGAUGCUAUUUGGAACGUGGAGAGAAGAUCAACUCUAGUUCUAUGUAUUUCAGUUGAAAGGAGUUGUGCUACUUAUGCUACUGAACAGUUUGCCAAAACAAAUCACCCAUGCACCCAGUCCUCUGCCAUCACAAUCUAAUCUGUCUAAUUAAGUGACAAUCUCCCAUCCUCCGGUGUCUUUACAAUGCUCUGUACCAUUCAGAUUACUUUCAACAUAUCAACUGUAGUCGGAAUUAUCUGCAGCCUUGUAUAAAUGUCAGUAAUUUAACAUUUAAUUUAGAGGGGAUAUAAAUAAAAUUGCUGAAAGUGUUGGUAAACUAAUGCUAUUAUGCAUGGACUUCAUUCUGUGACAUCAGACUUGGAAAAAAAAAUCCUUCCAAACUGAAUCCAUGUGGCAUUUUGUUGUGUCAAGACGUGGCAAUGAUUAUAUACAAAAAAAAAAAAAAAAACCUUUCAAACUCCUUGCUUUCUUCAACAUUAUUUUACCUAGGUCAACUGAGGAUCAAUAUUAACUUGGCUCCAUUCAAAAUCUUGUUGACUUGCUUAUUAGGGUACAUGUUAGGGCAUCAUUAACCUGACACGAAGACUUUUCAAAAAGAUAAUUAUACUGCUGUCUUAGAAAUCUUAUAAAUAAGGAAAUUCCAUAAUACAUUUUAAUGAGCUCAAUGAAAAUAUAUAAUCCAAGAUGGUGGUUGAGGUUAGAAAAAUGUUGCUUACAUAGAAUCAAUUAAAAAAUAAUGUUUUAUAAAUAACAAAAAAUUUUUAUUUUUUAUUUUUAUUAGAGUAUCAUGUCAUUAUUCACAUUCUUUAUUUAAAUGCAUUUCUCAGUCUUCUGUGUGGAACUUUGACAUAUUGUAUCGUAGAAUGUUUUAAAUCUUUGUUAUAUUAAAUGAGAAUAUUAUAUUAUGUUUAAAAUCAGUUGUUUCAGGAUGUUGUUGCCUUGGAAGGACAGAGCAACUCACAAGGUUGUUUUCUAGUUUCUUAUGCUUGAUCAAUAAAAUUUAUUUUGGUUUUAUAAUUAAUUUUUAAAUGUUUAUUAUGUAAGGCCUUUUUUGAUUUUCAGUUAGUUACAUUUAAAUUAUGCUAUUACUUUUUUUAUGACUUUUUUUUAUAUGCUCGCUUAAUUUUAGAUUCUGGGUUUUCUAUCUCUAUAAAUUGUUACCAUACAGCAGUGUGAAUGUAACGUAUCUGUAUAUUCCAAUCAAAAGCAUAACACAUAUUGUAAACAAAUUGUGCAUUGUCAUAUAAAAAAAGAAAAAAAAAACAUUCAUCAUAUAUUUUUAUGUUCUAUGCUUUCUAGUGCAGAAAUCCACUAACAGAGGGGUACUAUAUACUGUGAGCUCUUGCUUUCAAAAUUUUUGCAAUAAUUCAUGUUUGUAGAUAAAACUGUGAUUUAUACAUACUGUGUUUAUUCCACAUUAUGGCACCAAUGUGUCACCGUUAACCAUGUUUUUUGUGUCUGUAUGUCACACUUCUCAACACUUUUUCCUGAGGGAUGGAAGAUGCUUGGGGAAUGUCUGCAGAAAUAAAUCUGCAGAAUUUUUGUGGACCUGCUAAAAAGUUAAUCCUACUGUUAAUUUUGGAAAAAUGUUACUACGUGAUUCUCUCAUAUAUAGAUGUCAGAGCAUCAUCAGGUUUCAAGCAGUUGAGUCUGUUAUUAAGCAAAAAGUUAAUGGAAUAAAGGACUGUUACUAUGAUUAAUAUGACAGAACUUCAUUGUAUCAAACAAAUUGUGUGAUGCAUAACUUUGAUUUGCUGUGCAUUAUCAAACUACAAAAUUAUCUUAUAUUUGAAUGACUAAAAAUGCCAUUAUUUUAUAUGACAGUUAAUAGUUGUCUUUUAUUUAAACAAUUAAAUUAUCAUAUAUA